UUUCGCUUUUCGUCGAGUUUUUCGGGCGUGUAUGAUCGAUCGUGCUCGUACACACAAAAAUUCAGCAUAAAGAAAAUUUUAUGAAAAAAAUUCUCUCACAACAAAAAUGGAUAUUUUACUGUGGAAUUAUGGCGUGAAGACGUUCUUGAAUCAUGUCUUGGAUAUGGAAUUCACACUCAAAAAGGCAGAUUUGGAUCCGAUCAAGGAUUUAAUCGAACUCAAAUCCACUGAAUUAUUGAACGCAAUUAACGACAUUUCGGGUCAACUGCGAGAAACGCAACGCGCCAUCGAUGAACUUGGGCGAGAAAUUCACUGGGAAUUUAUCUCGGCGCCAAUUAACGAGAUCCGAGACACAAUUGACGCCAAAUUUGCGCGUUACAUCAAAUACGCAGCUUCGGACCAUUGGGAACGUGAGACAAAGGAAAAGUUUGCAGAUGAACUUGUUUCGGGCCAUGAUUCGGUGGAAAAUUUUCUCGCAAUUUUCAAUACGAAAGUUUAUCAAAACGACAAUCAGUAUUUCGAUGCGAAUACUCAGCGAAUUCAUGACAUGAGCGAAAAAUUGUCAACGAAGAGUGGGGAACCAGCUCAAGUAGCGCUCUAUCGUUUUUACUCAAUGUUGCUGAUUGUCGAGCUAAAAGUUUUUAUAAUGCAAGCAGCUGCUUACACGAUGAAGACGGAAUUGGGUCACGGGAAGUUUGUGAAGGAAAAGAGGGAAUUGGUGCUGGAAUUUGGCGAUAAGUUUAGGAAGAUGAAGAAUCAGGUGAUGGAAGGAGAUCGCACGCUGUGGAAAUUGGAUCCGGAUAAGCAUGUCGAAGCAGAUCCCUUGGAUUUGUUUAAUCGAGGGAAUUAUGUGCAUGGUUACACUUACAAACGUGUUACCCUUUGGCGUUGGAUGCACUUCUUCGUCUACAAUCGUCACGCAGCUCGUCAUUACUUCAAUUCCAACAAAAUGAGUCUCUCUUUCUCGAAUCACUACACAAAAGCCUCUUCCUAUGGCAACUACGUCAUCACCGGGAUGCGUUUUGUUCGUCCCGAAAAGGCAUCUGGCGACAUGUACCUCGAACUUUUCGAAAGCCAACUUCUUCCUCAUGGCAAAAUCGAUCCGAAAACCACGAGAACUGUUCAACGCAACACCGACGAGGAAAGCAACACUCUUCACAUUGGCACCGAUUUCACGACAAUUAACGUGAAUCACGACCUUUUAUUGGAGGAACAGGAAAAUCAGGGACAGAAUUUCGUCAUUACUGGCGUGAAAAUUGUCGCGAGUGACGCCCAACUGAAACUUGAAUUAACUUACACUGAAUUCGAUUUUGAGAGCGGAAAAUUGAAACCUCACAUAAAAAUUCUAACUGGACCGAAUUCAACGCAUCGCUUGGAGAUCAAGGACAAAUCUUAUCCAACGGACUUUUAUGAUCAUCGUCCGAGCGAAGAAAAACGGGCCCAUGUCAAAUUCGAUUCGUGCAAAGGAAAGAAAAAGUCCGAAUGGAAUGACCUUCGAAUCGCUCCCUUUUUGGACACGCAGAAAGUUUGUUCGACCUAUAUGGCGUUGGCAGGUGUUUCGUUCAUCUUGAGGGACAACGAUAUGAGCGCUGGAUUCAUUUCUCCGAAAUUAACGACGUUCCCAAUUCAGUUCGCGAAGAAACAAGGCAUUUGAAGUGUUGACAAGGUUUUCGUUCUCUCAGGAAAUUUUUUGCAUUUUUUUUUAAGAAUAACUUUUGAAUUUUAUCUAGUAAUAAAUAAUAAAGCAAACAAGUCUUCCGUCAAACAAACAAAAGUAGCACAAAAGAAUCAAAAAUCAUGUGAAACAGCUGCCAAACAAUAGAAAAUUGAUUACCAUUUUUUUUUCUUCUAUUCGAAUCCAUUCAAGGCAGGCGUCGAUCACGAGAAAUUUUUUAUAAAGUA